GCAGCCCACUCAAAACCUGCUUCUGUGUUUAAUUAAGGUUUUGCCAAAACCUCCAUUGACGAAGGAAGGAAGGAGCAAAAAUGGCUGCGACUGUUCCUGCAGUUACUCGUUCUGACCAAACUUGGGAUUUUAGUUGUAAUUUGGAUGUGAAUUUUGAAUCGGAAGAACAUGCUUUGAUUGCUUACACAUCAUUGGCUGUUGAUAAAGAGUUGCAGCCUGAUAAGGUGAGAAGAGUUAUGUCAGUAUCAAACAACAAGCUUUCUGUGCACUUUGAAGCAAUAGAGGCAAGGCUUCUUCGCGCUUCGUUCUCUGCGUUUGUAGACGUUCUUACGCUAGCCACAAGAACAAUUCAAGAAUUUGGGCAAAAGUUACCUCCGCUCGAGACUCUCCUAGACACAGAAGAUCUGAAACCAAAUGCGGGGUUGCAUUUUCAGUUUCAGUACAAUAGCUUUGAGGAUUUCUUUGAAAACAUCGAAGUGGAUAACACAAUUCCAUCUGAUAUUCACUUGUUGACUCAAGAACCCUACUUCUCAAGUGGCUCCUCUUCACCACUGGCUAUCCAAAACGACUGCCUCAGUUCCGACGAGAGAGUUGAAAAGAGAACAGUGAAGAAGAAGAGGAACACUAAGAAAAAAAGGCAAGACAAAUUGGAGAUGUCUGAGAUCAAACAAUUUUUCGAUAGGCCGAUCAUGAAAGCGGCUAAAGAACUGAACGUGGGACUCACCGUGUUGAAGAAGCGCUGCAGGGAAUUAGGGAUUUACCGGUGGCCUCACCGGAAGCUCAAGAGUCUGAACUCUCUCAUCAAGAAUCUCAAGAGUGUUGGAAUGGAAGAAGAAGUGAAGAAUUUGGAGGAACAUAGGGUUCUUAUAGAGCAAGAACCAGAUGCUGAGCUUAGUGAUGGAACAAAGAAGCUAAGGCAAGCUUGUUUCAAAGCCAAUUAUAAGAGAAGAAAGUCACUUGGUGAUGACUAUUAUUGAUUUUCUUAGUAUUUCUACAAAUCUAUUUUGUUUUCUCUUAGAAUAAUGUUUUUUUUUUUUAAUCUCAUUGACCCAAUUGGUCAAUCUAGAUUAUCUAGGGAAUGUUUUUUUAGGUUUUCCUCAUUGAAUUUGUUUAUCAAUUAUUUUUGAUGAAUGAAAUUAGUAUGAUGAGUUGAAUAAAAUUCUACAUAUUUU